AAUGUAUAUUUAUGUAAAUAAAAAGCUUAAAAAUAAUAUAAAAAUGCAACAAUUUUUAUUUAUAAUUUUAAUAAAUAUUUUAUUUAUUAUUACUGUUCAAUCUGCUUCUAGUAGACUUGAAGGCAUCAACGUGGAUUAUUAUGCCCCCAAAAAUACAGAAGGAUAUACAAUGCAUGCCAUGCGAAUAAUAAUUCGCUAUUGUACAAUGAAAAAGACAGAUCCCAAAUGCAAACCAGAGUGGAUAAUUCCAAAUGCUGCACCUGACUUGGAAGAUCCAUUAAAGGCUGAUAAUUAUACUGAUUUUCCAGAAUUUAAAAAAUAUAUUGACAAUCCAGUACCACAAUACAAAUUAAAAAAUUUGUUAAAUGAAAUUCCAAGACAAUUUAGAGAUAUGAUCCCACCUGGUUAUGGAAGGAAAUUAGAUCAAGCAGCUAUAGACGCUAUUAAGAAAAAUUGUCCCGGCGAUACUUGUAAACAAGAUACUGAUGAGCAUAAACACAUUCGUGCAGUACUUGGAGAUUAUGAAGUAGCAAUGCUUCGACUAGCAUAUCCAAAUAAACCACUUGCUGAUAUUGACGAAAUUGUGGAGACUAGAUUGCAGAGAACUUAUGCAGUGAAAAGAUUUUUGUAUGGAAGAGCAUGUAUUAACGAAUUUGCAAAACCAGCGGAUAAUGGAGUUUUUGAUCACAUGUUGCUAACCUUAGAACAAGCCAAUACAUUAAUUAAUAAACUAAAUUCAAGUCUGGAAUAUUCUCAUGUAAUUCCAGAAAAUAAUAAAGCAAGAAGUAAAAGAGCUGGAGAUUUGCUUUAUUUUAAAAUAGCGCCGACAAAACAGUGGCCUAUUGGAAAACCCAUACCCUAUGGUUUUGAUAGUUCUUUAUCUGAACGGCAGAGAGAACAAAUAAGGACUUGUAUUCGAGAGAUUUCUUCUAAAACGUGUCUUACAUUUACAGAAUUAGCACUUAAUGGUUCAGCCCCAAAUAUUUCCUCAAUUUAUUUUGUUAGAUAUAUUACUACAUCCUUGUAG